AGCUGUUUGUGAUCGAAUAAGCACAGGAAGACGUGUCAGAAAGAAGGGCAAAGCGUUGGCAGUUUCGUCGUCUAACCUGUAGAUAUUGCUAGGAUAAUCUGAUCUAACUGUUGGACAGGUAAAAUCUGACAAAUUUGUCGCAAUCGACAUGGAGACGAGGGCAUAAGUCGCUGCCAUAAACAUUGCGAAGAUUGACAGCCCAACGCAAUACAGCAUGCAGGGCCCAUUUCCUUCCAUUCGAUAUGGGCAGUUACUGCCGCAUGAAAAAGACACUUUGAUAACAUGUUUAGAAAAACGCUGUCAGUUUGCAGAGAGCAGGUUGCUUGAGGCGGAGAUGAGACUGUCUAAGGUAAUGGUUCAAGUUUACCGAGAUAGUCCCAGGCUAUCAAGGUGUCUCAUGCUGUCACACAAGCGGACCUGUCCCAGUGUUGGUGAUGCAAAGAAAGGCAGUGGUUUAGAUGUUCCAAAGUUUCAAACUUUUCUUGAAAAUGCCCAGACUUCAGAAGCAAAGGCUCCAGAAUCCCUUGUUGAGAAAGCUGUCCCUCAUGCCAAUGUGGACAAAUGGUCAAGCUCAUCAGUGCACCAACUUCCACGGAUUUCAGAUGAUAAACUUUCACAGUCAUUAGAUAUGAAACAUUUGGAAUCAUCUGUUGAUAAGCUAGAAGCGAACACAUUAAUUGUUACAGCAAACUUAUCUGAUGGUAAAAGUGAAACAUUCGCUCGGAUGUUGGGUGGCUCACUUCCCAUGCUUGAGAAACUGACAGCUGAAUUAUGGAAGACAAAGAAAGCGCUCCUCACUGUACUGCAGGAAAAAGAAACUACAAGGAAUAAUGGUUCACUGCUGGAUAUUAAGGAAUAUGAAGAAAUAAUAAAGCAGCUUCAGGAGGAUUUUCUUCUGCUGAUGUGCCAGUACACAGAGAUACGACAAGCACUGCAGACAGAACACCCACAACAUAUUGUUCACACAAUCGGACAGCUUCAAGAUAAGGUGAGAAAACAGGAGAAAAUAAUCAGGCUGCAGCUGUCACAGGUGCAAUCAUUGAAAAGUGCAACAUCCAUUAGAUCACAGGAAGUCAUGGUAACGAAAGCCACAGAAAGAUUCAGUCAUCAGCAGUCCAAGGGAGAGAACUCAUCAAUCUCCAACCAUCAUCUUGAGAAAAACGAGAGAAACCAAACAGGGAGUUUCAAUGAUACAGAGGUGACAUCUCAGUUAAUACAGGCAAAUGAACGGAUCAGAUAUAUAAAGGCAGAAUUGUUAAGCUCCAAGAAUGUCAUCAACAACUUGAGGAGCAAAUGUCAGAUGUUGGGUGAGCAACAUGUACAGACUCCUGCAAACUUUGAGCAGAAUGGAGAAGCUGAAAGAAUCCAGACGCAAGCCUUGUACCAGAAAUCCAUGGAGGAGCUCAUGGCAAGUCGUCAUCAGCUGAAAGAAACGAAACAGUUAACAGAUUCUUUGAUGACAAAGAACAAGGAACUGAAAAGCCGUUGUGAAUCUCAAAAUGAGAUGAUUGCUAAUUAUCAGGAAAAGGUUGCUGAAUAUGAGCAUGAAAAGACCCGUAGUGAAAGAAACUUCCAGUUACUGUCAGAGCGACACAAAGCUGCUUUGGAUGAGUUACAGACCUGGCAAAGCAUUUUGAAAUCAGUUCGACGCAGGUCAAACCUGACAUCCUGUGCCCAGGAAAUUCCACUGAGGAUGCACCCACCUCUCACUGAGAUUGAGUUGCUGAUGGAUGGUGCUAAGAGCAUGGACUCUGAAGAUUCUAGCUUACUGGAACCAAAGGAGGGCGAGCAAACUCUAAAUAAUCUACAAGGGCAAACUUCAUCACAGAAGGAACCAUUAGGGGAGAAACUGUCACAAAAUGUCCAGCAAGUGGAUUCAGAUGAAAACUGUGAUGAGUUAAUUGACAAGCCACAUAGCCUGGAUGAGAAAAGUAAAGGACUGUCUGACAUAUGUCAACAAGAGCAGAGCCAUUCAAACCAGCAAAAUACAUGAGCCAGUAAAAUAACUAGAAACUUGGGAUUAGUUCAGAAAGAUACAUUUAGAACAAACAGUGAUCAUGCUCAGUAUUACACAUACAGUAGUGAUGUUGACUUUUUAUGAGUAAAGAAACUGGAAAGAUUCAUAACAUAAUGGUGCAAACAUGGAAGUGUACUGGAUUGGUCUCACAGCACAUACAAUUCAGUAAGAACAAUCCAUUCAGCGCCACCAGAGUAGCAUUAUUGCGCAUCGGCAUAGGAAAGGAUAGACUUAAAAUAUAGAUAACGUAAAAGUAACUAAGCCACUGUUUAGCGAAUAACAUUAAUUUGAAACUAGCAACAAUGUAUAUUUCAAGACAAUAAAGUAAACAUGAACGAUGAUAUAACUAUUGAGAUAUAUUAAGGAGCUUCUUUAGGCUGUUGUCAGGAGGGAAAAGUGAAAAAUGUGUAUUUGGUUUGAGAGUAGAUAAAGGCUUUUCUAAUGAUCUUACAUUUUACCUUUAUUAUUCAGUUCAUGAAAUGUGUUAAAAUAUUCUGAAUCCACAGCGUAUAGCAUUUUCCUGCUUGUAUAUUUUUCUGUUUAUAAGUUUAUUAUUUAUUUAUUUGAUCGAUUGAUUCUUUAUGUCAUACUCAAGAAUAUUUUAGCCAUACGGCGACAGCCAGCAUUAUGGUGGGAGGAUUUAAUGUUAUCAGUGCGGUGAAACAAAUGCUGAAAUAUUUUUUCUAGUAAACAAAAUUUAAGAAUUCUAUUUCCCUUUUUGGCUUCCUUUUCAUUGGCUCAGGGACAAGAGGUGAUCUUAUCACAGGGAUUUUGGACGUAUAUUGUAUGUCAGAACAGCUCACAUUACUGGAAACCUUUCAGAAGAGUGGAAGAUAUAGGUUUUGAUAACGUUAGUCCUUAAAAUCUUCAGAGGCGAUUUUGUUUCGAUUUUGAACUCUCGCUUACUAACAUGGCUGUGAGGAAACAAUGCAGUGGUUUUCAUUCAAGCUUUCAAGGUUUCUGUCCAGGCCUUUCAGGAUUCUGUCCAAGCAUUUCAGGUGUGUGCCCACGCUUCCAGGUUUUAGUCCAAGCCUUUCAGGUUUCUGUCCAACGCUUCCAGGUUUCAGUCCAAGCCAACAUUUUCCAGGUAUCAGUACAAAACCUCCAGGUUUCAGACCAAGGCUCAAAGGUUUAUGUCCACAUACGGUUUUUAGUCCAGGCCUUCCAUAUUUCAGUCCAAGACUUCCAGUUUUCUGUCCAGGCCUUCCAGGUUUUCGUCCAAGACUUACCUGUGUCCUUUUCUUGUAAAACUGACUUAACCACUUGUAUGUGCAAUAUUCUUAAAUGCGGCUUGAAACACCAAUCAAAUAACAUAAACUGUAGAAAGGUAACACUUAACCCCUGACUAGUACUGAGGUGUAACUAAGAGGCCUGUAAUAUACAUAUGUUUAUAGAAGUCACCUAUACAUGGUUGUAAGAUUUAACAAAUGACUUUCGAUUUUUGAUGUACCCUUUAAACUGAAAUGUGAUAAACCACAGCGCUGAGUAACAGUACUCUCGUAUUGUCACAGAUGUAUAUGUCUAGCUGAUUUCCAUACGCAGGUCCCCGAUAUAGACGUACUAAAGGCAGUGUUUACACGGUACAAUCGAUCAUAUCGACCCAUCGAAGGAAAGUAGGAUAAGCUCUAUUUCAAUCAUAUAUCAUUUCUACUUUUCGACUGAAAUGGAUUGACAGUUCACAUGUUUGAAUUCUGCAAGUCGUUACGCCAAAGAGUUGGCAAUUACCGGCUGAAUAAUGACAACUUCUGUAUCACUAGUCAAGAUCACUAGUCGUUCAGGUCCCGUGGAGUUGUACGUUUUGCAAUCCAUCUGGCUGAUCUUUACGCUCGAAUAUCUGUGAAAUAAUGGAUAUCUGUCAUAACUAUAGCAGUACGAGCCUCUCCCGGGAUAUAAUCUGGGCUAACAAUAAACCUAACAGCGGUCGUGAGGAAUUAAAAGCAACGUACAUGAACAUUUGUCACACCAGUAGACCGUUGUGGUGAUGACGCGCGGUGCCUGUUAAGAAUCUUCUUAAUAUUAUAUAGUGUGUGUUAACCCAAAAAACAUGACUAAGGGUAAGGCGAAUAGGAAGAUGUAUGUUUCAAGCAGCCAUUAAAUGUUGAAUUAAGAGAGACUGAUAUUUUUUUUCAAAUGCAAAAAUUCUUUGUUAUCCAAUUAAAACUACAGCUACCUUAGUAACCGAAGAAGCGUAUGAUGGAAACACAGCUUGGAAGAUUUCCUACUUCACAAAUAGGAAGGAAAUAUGCAAUAUAACAUUCCUCUUUACUAGUGGAUGUUACACAGUUUGUAAUGGAAUUGUUAUUGUGGAUGUAGGCUUUCUUCUAAGCUCAGUACCGAGAAGUAACUGUGCAGAAGGUUGUGUGAUGAGAAUCAACACGAACGUAAGGUUUGCUAAUAACUUCAAUACAGUGAAGAGGGGGCCUCCGUGGCUCAGUUGGUUAGGGCGCUAGCGCAGCGUAAUGACCCAUGAGUAUCGCACCAAUGCGGUCGCUGUGAGUUCAAGUCCAGCUCAUGCUGGCUUCCUCUCCGACCGUACGUGGGAAGGUCUAUCCCGCUAUCCCGGCUGUGCCCGGUUUCCACUCACCAUAAUGCUGGCCGCCGUCGUAUAAGUGAAAUGUUCUUGAGUACGGCGUAAAAUACCAAUCAAGUAAAUAA